UAUAAAUCACGUGACAGGUGAAUUUCAAACAAACAUCAUAGCGGCUUUUCGAAAGCUCGUCACGUCAAUAUCCAGCAGCACAUCGGUAGUUUGCUAUUAUGAGACCCUAACGCUACGACUUCUUCACAGCCAUAAGAUCAAGCAAAGGUGCGGAAGGGCUUUCCCAUUUCACUUGUCCAUACACUGAGGUGUCUAAUGGCCUACAGCUCAGGGCUGUCCAUAUGAGAAGUGAAUCUGAGAAGAGAAGGGCAGACACUUAAAGAGAGAGAAGAGUUUCCCACAGAGCAUGGCCUCUGCCAAAGAAGAUGGCGUGGAUGAAAGAAUGGUGGACAUUAAAGAAGAGGAUUGUGAGCGGCUCACACCAGAGGAUGUGUGUGUGAAGCUGGAGUAUCAUGAAGAAAGAAUUUCAGUUUUUAAAAAGGAGGAGGAGUGCAUGGGGGUGACUGCUUCCAUUAAAGCUGAGGACUUUAAUGAUUUCUCCAUUGGUCUUAAACUUCAAAAGCAUGAAACAGAGGAUAUUUUCAAGCAAGAUGCCUGUGAAGAAUCUCCAACCAGUUUGCAGCCCUGGUCCACUAAUACGGGACGACUGGCUAGGCAGGAGAAUUCUGCAGAGCUGAAAUCGGAGUUAUCAGAGUCUGAAGAGAAAAUCACUGAGGGAAAUGGGAGAGAAGGAGAAGAGUCACCUGGGAGUGUCAGAAUAAAUUUACAGACGAAUGACAGCUUGUCUCCACCUUCAUUUGGUCAGCACUUUCUUCAGUACAAAGAGAAAGGUUUGAAGAAAUCAGCAAGAGGAUCAGAGAACCUGACAGCAGGCUUUUUGCAGUGCAGUUCUUUCCCUGCUGCUGGAGUAACACAGACAGAAGCCAUCAAAACUGAUCGACAGCAAGUGGAGAAAGAAAUCCAAAUUCAUUCUGGAAAAAAAUGUUUGGAAUUUGGCAAGCAAUUCACACAAAAUAAUGAUCUUAAUGAGCAUAUGAAGAUUCACACAGGAGAAAACAUACAUUGUUGUCAUGAAUGUGGUAAGUCGUUCUCUAGGAGAAGCCAUCUACAGAGUCACAGAAGAAUCCACACAGGAGAAAAACCUCAUUGCUGUUCAGAAUGUGGUAAGUCAUUCUCACAUCUAUGCAAUCUUCAGACACACAGAAGAAUCCACACAGGAGAAAAACCUCAUUGCUGUUCAGAGUGUGGCAAGUCAUUCUCAACGAGUAGCUACCUUCAGACGCACAGAAGAAUCCACACAGGAGAAAAACCACAUUGCUGUCCAGAGUGUGGUAAGUCAUUCUCAACGAGUAGCUAUCUUCAUACGCACAGAAGAAUUCACACAGGUGAAAAACCUCAUUGCUGUUCAGAAUGUGGUAAGUCAUUCUUACAUAUAAGCAAUCUUCUGACGCACAGAAGAGUCCACUCAGGAGAAAAACUUCAUUGCUGUCCAGAGUGUGGUAAGUCGUUCUCAACAAUUAGCUAUCUUCAGACACACAGAAGAAGCCACACAGGAGAAAAACCUUAUUGUUGUCCAGAAUGUGGAAAGUCUUUCCAAAGCAGAAGCAAACUUCAGAACCACAGAAGAAGCCAAAGAGAAGAAAAACGUCAUUGCUGUUCAGAAUGUGGUAAGUCGUUCUCAUAUAUAAGCAAUCUUAAGAGGCACAGAAGAAUCCACACAGGAGAAAAACCCUAUUGUUGCCCAGAAUGUGUCAAGUCAUUCUCAUCGAUAAGCAAUCUUAAGAAGCACAGAAUAAUCCACACAGGAGAAAAACCUCAUUGCUGUCCAGAAUGUGGUAAGUCGUUCUCAAGGAGAAGCCAUCUUCAGAGGCACAGAAGAAUCCACAAAAAUGUGUGCCUCAUUUUUCAAAGGCACACAGAAAUUGAUACGGGUGAGAAGCCAUAUUGCUGUCCUUAAUGUGGAAAAAGGUUUUUCAACAGUAGGUGUUUUCAAGUACACACACAAACUCACACUGAAGAGAAAAUGCAGUAUGUCUGUUCUGAAUAUGGCAAAUGUUGUGCAAACAAGAAAAGUCUUCAGAGACACACCAAAAUCCAUACUGGAGAAAAACAUUUUUGCUGUUGUGACUGGGAGUAACAAUUGUUAGAUUUAAGCUCACUUCAGUGCCACAUCAGAGCUCAUACUGGAGUGAAACCUUAUUGUUGUCCUGAAUGUGAUAAGCAGUUCUCACAACAAAGCACCCUACAGAGUCACAUCAGACUUCACACCGGAGAGAAACCUCACCAUUGCUUGGAAUGUGGCAAACAAUUCUCACGCCUCAAUUCUCUGUAUAAUAAUAGAAGUUUUAUUGGACAGAAGCCUUACAGUUGUACUGAAUGUUGAAUGUGAUUCUCCUAUAAUAGUUUUCUUCACAAUCAUAAAAUAAUUCAUUGUGGUAAGAAAUAACGCUGUUCUGACUGUUGCAAGUUUUUCUCAGAAAGCAGGACUCUCAAGGAUCAUAUGAGAAUUCACUCUGGAGUGAGACCUUAUUGCUGUCCAGAGUGUGGCAAUCGAUUCUCAGUUCAAAGCGCACUUAGGUGCCACAGAAGGAUCCACACUGGAGAGAUGCAGUAAACCUGUUCUGAAUGUGGUAAAGGGUACUCUUCCAGAAAAAGUUUUCAGAGACACACACAAAGUCAUAUUGAAGUAAAGCCUGUCUCAGAAAUGACACAUGAUCUUUCCUUUGGCUCCUCAAUCAAAAAGACAUGAAGAAAAAUCUUCUGAAUGCUUUAAAGGACUCCAGUUGAAAGUAGCUAAUAAGUACAUAAGAAUAGUGGAGAAAACACUGAAAGUGGCAAACAGAUCGUAGAUGUAAGGUCACCUCAGAGCCACAUAUAAAUUCACACUGGAAUAUAACACAUAUUUCACAAACAGCAAGAAUCUUCUUCAACAACUUACAGGUGCAAGAAAAUAAAAAAAAACCUCAUUGUUGUCCUGAAUGUGGUUACCGCUUUUCAGACAGCAGUGGCCUUCAUAUUCAUAAAUGACUGUCUUACUUGUGGUAAGCCUCUUAGCUGUUCUGAAUGUUGAAAGUGGUCCUCCUGUAUCAGCCGUCAUCAGCAGCAUGUAAGAUUUAAUGAAGGACUCAGAAACUGUACUGCCAGGAUGUCAGCCAUACAGGGACAGAUCAUCUCUGCACCAGUGCUGUGACAUCAGAUGGUGAACAAGCAGACAACAGAAUGAGGUAGCAACAGUACUGUGCGGUGAUAACAACUUCAAUAACGGAACACAACUGAAAAAGUUCAAUGUAAUAAUAAAAAAAUGGAGAAGACAAAUCAAAUCCACAGUACAGUGCCAACUACCAGGAGGUGCCACUGCCAACAAGGAAAUAUUUUUGUUUCGGAGCUUUGGAGAUGGGGCCUUAUCUGAGUAGCAAUGAACUUGUACCGUCUAUGGGAUGUCAUCUGAUGGCUGACGCCUGGGCUAAGUGCAGACAGCCGUUCUUAACCCUGAUAAUGAAGAAGUCAUUUAGUGACGUCAGCUGACAGCUAAUGCUGUCCAAUCAUAUACUGGGGAGGGACAGUCGAGGAGGACAGGGGACUAAAAAGAGAGCCGUCACAUGACAGACCAAUGGAGAGGGGCUUUAUAAGACUUUUACACUAAUUUAGGUUAUCAUUUCUAAAUGAUAAGAGUCUUUACAAUCCAAACGCAUUCAUCAGCUGUGUGUCAAGGGUGAGUCCAAAAGUGGGAAUUUAAGAAGAUCGAAAUACAAAUAAAAUGAAAUAUUCAGGGUUCAAAGAGAAAUGUUUAAGACCUGAAGAGGGAGUCACAACAGCAUGCUAGGGUUAGCACGGGGGACCACAGUUGUGAAGAAUAUCAAUUAAUGUAUAGAAGGACUGCGGUGGGCUGGCGCUCUGCACGGGGUUUGUUUCCUGCCUUGUGUCCAGUGUUGACUGAGAUUGGCUCCAUAAGACCCCUGUGACCCUGUAGUCAUGAUAUAGCGUGUUGUAUAAUGGAUAGAUGGAUGUACUGUAUAGAAGGAAUAUUAUUUAUAAUAAUAAUUGUAUUAGAAAUGCAGAACACAGUGAAAAUGAAAUGAACUGAUUUUAUUGUCUGACAUAUAAGAGAAAAAGGGAAGACAAAGCAGAAACACUCAGGGAUCUCUGCUGACCCAGCUGUUUAUUUGAUAAAUUAACCUAAAAAUAUAACGGAUGUCACUUUGCUCCAUGUCGGUAUAUCCUGGGGUGGUGUGUGAAGGACGCGCUACACUCCGAAUGUGUUGGUUCAGGUUUCACUUUGAGUUCAGCACCUUCUUCAUAUCGAAAGCCAAGACAACGUUUCUUCACGUCGAGACUACAAGCUGGAGGCCGCAGGAGCUCAAUAAACUCCAACAGCAGGAUGGACGAUUAGAAAGCUCUGCUCUGAGAGAGUGUCAGCUACACAAAGCUUCGGCUUCAUUUACUUGACAGGAAACUUCAAAAGCAGAAGUGGCCCCAUCUGUACCCCCACCACUGAAGGUCACAUUUGACCCCCUUACUACUCUGCGUUGGUUCACUCUGCUUGGACUUUCAGUAUUUUGUAAGUUUAUGUUUCAUUUUUUGGCCACACUCUUUUUACAUUUCAUGUCAUUGAUGUUCUCAAAUGUGUGAGUAUAGCUUCACUCUUUCAAGGACUUAUCUAAAAAGGGUACAUUGGCCAUGAAAUGCUAGAAGGCAGAAAAAAAUUAAGAGGUGACAUCGAUGAAAUUCGCUCAGUGGCAGAGGUGACGUGGACAAAAUCAGAAAGGACAGCACAGAAAAGGCAGGUACCAACUGGAAACAAAAGAAGAAAGCUGAUUGGUGGAAACAACUGUCAGUCACUCCUGAGUGGACUGUUGAGGACAGCCGUGGCAUGCAGACUUCAGAGUUCAUGUGUUUUUGAUUUCAAAUCUGUGACCAUACACUGAAUAAGUCUGUUAUUUAUCAGUUAGCAUGUUCUGAAACUGUAAUGUCAUCACAAAGAUCAGCAUUUUAUUAAUACAUGAAUUACAUUCCAAUAGGUGGUGCACUGCAGAUGAUAACGCUGAGGUCCACGCCGAUCACUUAUAUUUCCUCCCAGCUUAUUA